AUGAUUUACUUCUUCCACAGAUCACUAGCCUCGCCAUCACGACUAUCGAGGCUCUCCAAUAUUCCCUCCUUUCAGCAUCCCCGCCUUGAACGUGCAACUUUACUAAAUGGCGACAUGUUGACGUGGGCAGGUAAGUAUCGAGCAUUGGUUGAUUGCCCUGGCAAAAAAGUUGAUGGAUACAUAUAUCCAGUAAUUUCCACGGACCAUGAAGUUGCGUUGAGGCGUCAUGUUGGAGGGGAAAGAGACGGAAGUGAGGACAUUCCGAUUUUGUGGGUUCGAAGAUAA